CAAAAAAGAAAAGAAAAGAAAAGAAACAAACCUUAAAAAUGGGCAAGGUGAUCAUGUUUGCUGCCUCUUUGGUGUUGCUUUUUGCAAUAGCGGCGGCUUUUGACAUGGAAGCAAUCAUCCCUUCAUAUCUGAACUUCAUGGGGAAAUCCCAAGGUUGUGAGAAACAGCUUCAGAAACAGCAGCUGGACUGUUGCCAGACCUACCUCAGGGAGAGCAGCAGACCAGUCUCACCAUCAUCGGUGUCGAUGGUGGUUGAUGAUGAUGAGGAUCAUAAUCAGGGUACUGGUCCUUCUUCUUGGAGGGAUGCAUUUCCAAGGUGCUGUGAUCAAUUGGAGCAUGUUACCAAAGAAUGCAGAUGUCAGGCUAUCACCCAGGCGAUUCAACAGCAAAUGCAGCAAAGGGGACAAUUGCAAGGGGUAGAGAUGCGGGAGAUGCUGCAGAAUGCAAGAAGUCUCCCGGUUCUGUGCCGAAUUAAAAAAUCCCAGUCUUGUGACAUUCAAAUCCCUACUGGUCCUUCCGUUUUAGACCAUCUUUAUUGAUGAUCUUGGCUGAUAUUACUUAUUUUAUGAAUAAAUAAGAGCUAAAAGUAACAUCAAAUUCACUGCUUGAUCUUCUUUUUUUUUCUCCUCCUGUAAGUUUGCCAUUGGUGCUUGGUGGUGAGUUGGUGUUAUCUAAUUAAGGAAUGGAGUGAAAAUGUAACUCGUUUCGGAGUUGAUUGCUUAUUUACUUCUGGUGUCUACUUAUAUUGAAUUGAAUUUUA